CUUGGAAGCUACGGCCGCGUCGCUCCGGGUUCGAGAUUUUCGUGUGUUUGGGUAGAAAAUUCGUGAUAUCUGUACAACUCAUCCGUGGAUAAUAUCACACAAAAAUAACGAAAAUAACACAAAUUUAUUAUCAAUACAAAUAAUAUAGUUUAUGUUUUUAUCUGCUGCACAUUCAGUUUGUGACAUGUGGUACGCGACUCGUGCAUUUGUUUCUGAUGUUUACCUACGCUUCGUGUCCGAACAACACACUCGAGGGUGUAUAAAUAAUACACACAUGUUUACGGAUAAUAUUAUAAACUAAAAAUAUACAAAAUAGCGUGUUUCAAAUCAAAUCUGUGCCCAACUAAAAAUAAUCAACAGGAGAACACAAGAAAAAAAUCUAUGUAUGCAGAGAAAUCGAUUAAAAAUUAUAUAAAUAGUGUUUAUUUUGUGCCAGUGCUGAUCGAUUAAAACCCAAACAAAAUAGUGCAAAACGUUAUUUAAUUUGCCAGCAAAAUAACAAGAGAGAGAAAGAGAAACGAAAAAGGAUUGAGGAUUGAAUUUCACCUGAUUUGUAUUGCCACCUCUCGUAUAUAAUUAUAAUCAACGUGAUCACGCGCUCACACCACACCACACACACAAACACAAACGCAAACACACAAGAGGAUACAACAACAACAACGGAUCCAACACCAUAUUCGGCAACAGCAACAACAACACCAGCAAAAGCUUCUUGCAUCCGUUCCGCCCUCCCUGCAAGGAUCAAGUUUGGCCAAAACCCAUAAUUCUGCGUCUGCUUCUUCUACAUUGGGCUCCAUGGUGUCGCCGGCUUGACCGACGCCGCCGCCAUAGUCCCCCCUCUCAGCUGCCUGCUCCUGAACGGGGCGCUAUAAACAAAACCCAAAAGAAGAGAGCACACGAAUCCAGUUCUACAGCGCACACAGCGACAGAGCAAGAAAGAGAGAGAGAUAGAGAGAUACGAUCCCUCCCCUCCUGAGAUCCUGUGCUUUUGUUUUGCUUUUGUUGCCCACUGCUCCGCGUUUAUUGUUUUGUUGCACAGCCCAGAAGAGUGGAGUGUAGAACAGCAGAGAAGGAGCGAGACGAAAGGUGAAGAGAGUGUGCAAAGGAAGACUCUGUGAAAAGAGAGGAGGAAGAACACAAGCACAACACCAACAAAGUUGCAUUGCAGCCGCCUGUCGACUGCCCUUCGCAUCACCGCCCCCCCCGUAUAACAAUCAGACAUGGCGCCGAAAUCCAGAAAGAAGAAGGCUCAUGCCCGCUCCCUGACCUGCUACUGCGAUGGAAGUUGCCCAGGCAAUGUGAGCAAUGGAACCUGCGAGACGCGACCCGGCGGCAGCUGCUUCAGUGCCGUCCAGGAGCUGUACGACGAGACGAGUGGAAUGUACGAGGAAGAGCGCACAUACGGCUGCAUGCCACCCGAAGACAAUGGCGGCCUACUCAUGUGCAAAGUGGCCGCUGUACCGCACCUGCAUGGCAAGAAUAUUGUGUGCUGCGACAAGGAGGAUCUGUGCAAUCGCGACCUGCAUCCCACAUUCACGCCGAAGAUGACAACGCCGGCGCCGGAGCUGCCCGUGAGCAGCGAGUCCGUGCACACGCUGGCCCUGUGCGCCUCCAUCAUUGUGUGCCUGUCCGUGUUCAUGCUGAUUGUGGCGACACUCUGCCUCACGUACAAGCGGCGGGAGAAGCUGCGCAAGCAGCCCCGCCUCAUCAACUCCAUGUACAACUCUCAGCUGUCGCCGCUGUCCCAGCUGGUGGAGCAGAGCUCGGGCUCGGGCUCGGGACUGCCGCUGCUGGUGCAACGGACCAUCGCCAAGCAGAUCCAGAUGGUGCGGCUGGUGGGCAAGGGACGGUACGGUGAGGUGUGGCUGGCCAAGUGGCGGGACGAGCGUGUGGCCGUCAAGACCUUCUUCACCACCGAGGAGGCAUCGUGGUUCCGCGAGACAGAGAUCUAUCAGACAGUCCUCAUGCGCCACGAGAACAUACUCGGCUUCAUUGCGGCCGACAUCAAGGGCAAUGGCAGCUGGACACAGAUGCUGCUGAUCACCGACUACCAUGAGAUGGGCAGCCUGCACGAUUACCUCUCCAUGUCGGUGAUCAAUCCGCAGAAGCUGCAGCUCCUCGCCUACUCCCUGGCCUCGGGCCUGGCCCAUCUGCAUGACGAGAUCUUCGGCACGCCCGGCAAGCCGGCCAUCGCCCAUCGCGACAUCAAGAGCAAGAACAUUCUGGUGAAGCGGAACGGACAGUGCGCCAUCGCGGACUUUGGCCUGGCGGUCAAGUACAACUCGGAGCUGGAUGAGAUUCACAUUGCGCAGAACACACGCGUCGGCACGCGGCGCUACAUGGCGCCCGAGGUGCUCAGCCAGGCCCUGAAUGCCCAGCAGUUCGAGGAGUUCAAGCGGGCCGACAUGUACUCCGUGGGCCUGGUGCUGUGGGAGAUGGCACGCCGCUGCUACACACCCAUUUCGGGCACCAAGACAACCACCUGCGAGGACUAUGCACUGCCCUACCACGAUGUGGUGCCCUCGGAUCCCACCUUCGAGGACAUGCACGCCGUUGUGUGUGUCAAGGGUUUCCGACCGCCAAUACCAGCACGCUGGCAGGAGGACGAUGUCCUCGCCACCAUCUCCAAGAUCAUGCUGGAGUGCUGGCAUCCGAAUCCCACAGUGCGACUGACGGCACUGCGCGUCAAGAAGACGCUGGGACGACUCGAGGCGGACUGCCUCAUCGAUGUGCCCAUGAAGAUUGUCUAGGAGAGGGUCUCCCGUGCCCUAAGUGCAUAUUAAAUAUUAGUUAUGUUGUGUAGUCUCUCGUUCUAGGUUUGACCUAAGUUGCAUUUAGUUUUUCCCUGUUUUUUUCCCGUAAGAAAGGACUCUAGCUGUUAGUUUUUCUUGCUUAGACUUAAGUAAGUUUGUCUUUCUGUCAGAGUUGUUUGCCUAUUGCUAAGGGCAGCGGCACUGAAAUUCUGCCAAUUAUUUCAUUUAAGCGAGUAUCUAAAUAAGUUCUCUUCUGUGUCCCAUUAAGUGCCCAAUGCAAAAAUCUUUGGUUAGAAAAAUGCUUUAACUAUUUGAGAAAUAUUAUAUGCAAAAACACACACACACACACACACACACACUAUAUUCUAUGUGCAAAAAUGCAAAAUUUCGUUGUAAAUUAAUAUUUGUGGUAAAAGUUUAAGUUUUGUGCCAGCUUUGUGUACCGAACUGAUCGGAACAAUUGAGUUAAUGCUGCAUACAUAUAUAUAGUUCUAUGUACUGUUCAUAGUUAAGUGUAUUUAAGUGUAAUCUUUGCCACCGUCUUGUGGCAAGUUACUAAAAUGCUGCCUUAUGUAAAAUCAACACAGAAUUAGUUGCCUUAAGACACGUUGUGUAAAGACAGAAAGAAGUAAGCCAGAAAGCUUACAUGUAGAACGUUCUCUCACCCCUCCAUUUAACUUACAAAAUAUACAUAUAUAUAUAUAUAUAUAUACACUAUAUACCAUGUACUAUGUGGCGAUAUGUGCCUGCAGUUCUUUUGUUUUUUGUUUGAUUCUUUGUAAAUAUGGCAAACAAGUUUUAUGGGCCGCCAAACCUACAGAUUUAUAUAGGAGUAUAUGGUAUAAAUAUAUUAUAUAUAUUAUCGUUAUAAGCGAUGCUGUAAAUACUUACUUAUACGCAAGUAACUCUAGCUCUAACUCUAACUCUAAACUGUUUAACUUAACGAUUAAACGAUUGAGCGAUUGAAUGUGUAA